AUGGAUGUCAUUAGUCGGCUGCUCAAGGACCGUAUCUUGCUUUUGGGACAGGGUGUGGAUGACGAAGUCGCUAACGUGUUGGUGGCGCAGCUAUUGUACCUUGCCAACGAAGAUCCGGAAAAGGACAUUACGUUGUACAUCAAUAGCCCGGGUGGUUCCGUGAGUGCCGGCAUGGCCAUUUACGACACAAUGCAGUACGUACCGUGCGAUGUUUCGACCGUUUGUUUCGGAAUGGCCGCUUCCAUGGGAGCUUUUCUGCUCGGAGCCGGGGCCAAAGGUAAACGACGGGCUCUGCCCAACUCGCGCAUCAUGAUCCAUCAACCUCUCGGGGGCGCACAGGGACAGGCGGCAGAUAUCGAAAUCCAGGCCAAGGAAAUCCUGUUCAUUCGGGAAGUUCUCAACACGUACAUUGCCGAGUACUGUGAUCAGCCCAAGGAUAAGAUCGAGGCCGAUUGCGAUCGGGAUUUCUUCAUGACUCCGGAAGAGGCGGUCGAGUACGGUAUUAUUGAUGAGGUUGUCAAGACCAAGACAUCCCACAUUGUGAAACCGGAAAUGCCCAUCUUGUAG